AUGAGAAACGGGACGAUAACUACACGUGCUGAUGUUUACGCGGAAGAAAUUCCUUGCACAUCUGACAGGUAAAAUUUUCCAUUCUUGAAACAAAUAAUCGAAUAGCAUUCUAAUCUCUUUAUUUUCCUUGCGAUACUAGAACUUCAUCGUGUCGUUAACACUUGCAUAAUCGUCGUCAAAAUAGGCUGCUGCCGAGUUUCUUUAAACUUGCACUUAGAGUAUUUGUGUAAUUACGUUCAUCUUGAACAGUGAUUUUAUGAAAUAUCUCGAAUUUUUAUGAAAUGCACUACGUUGGAUUUGAAGACAUUCUAUCUGACGAAUAUGUUUCUUUACUCUCUCAAUCUCUGAGAAACAAGUUUUCUGUACGUAAAUGCAAAUAAUAAUUGAAACUAAUAUUCAUGUACAUAGUUGUGUGCGUUAAUCUCUAAUCUACUAAUAUGAGAUUGCUCAAGAUUUAUUUAAUCUAAUGUACAAAAAACCGAGAUAAUAUAAAAAAUAUUCAAAGUAUGGUAUUACAUAAAGUGCUAACAUUGGCAUUGUAAAAAUUUUAAUUUGCACGAGUCAAAAUAGUGACUCUUCUAAUUUAUUGAUAUUAGAUAAUUGCUCUCUUGUUAGUAAUAUUGAUAUAACGUACAUGGAGAAAUUCGUACCAAUCAGUGUUUAACAUUCUGUCUCUUUUCAUCGAAUCUUAAUAUCUCGUGUCAAACGCUUUGUGGUGUCGAGUAACUUCCACGAAGGUAAAGAUGUAAUUUAAUCUGUCAUCUUUGAAGGUAAAAGAAAUAAGCAUGCAUGUGUGUGUGUCAGUAACACGUGUUAAUACUAUACUUUCAAACAUAACAUUCGUUUUCAGAUAUAAACAUAUGCAAUUUCUAUUUUUCAUGGAAAUGAAGAAAAAUCAGAUUUUAUGAUAUAUAUUGGAUCAAAACUAAUACAUAUUUAAGUAUCUAUGAACAUUUUAUGUUCAUUUUUAAAUGUACGUUGAAAAACAGUUUUUAAAAGUAUUUCUUGAAAACUUCUUGGCGAUACGAUAUAUUGAAUAAUUAUAUUAUUUAAUCGUACGUAUUUAUAUUGUACAAGAUUGGAAUUAGUAAAUUUCUAGUAAAUUUUUUUCAAAAACUAUCGACACGAGAGGUUUCAUUUUUUUCUGUGUCCAUUCUACUUUAAAACCGGUUUUACGUAGGCUUGCUUAUACAUUAAAAGAUAUAAUGAGACUAACUGAAGAGAACGUCCCUCGGCGAAAUCUCAUUAUGUAUCAGCAGAAAAGUUAAUGAUAUUAUACGCAAUACAUUACAAUAUUUGCAAAGUACGAUAAAAUUGAUAUGUUAUUGAUAUGUUAUCUCUGCUUAUGUAAAAAUCCAAAAGUAUCUUCACUUUAAAUUAUAACAGUAUUCUGUGGGGAGAGAGAUAGAAAGAGAAAAAAAGAUCAGGAUGUUAUUACUGUAAAUAAUUAUUUUCAGUAGCUUUUAAUAUUUUUCUAGUAAGUUUCGUAUAAUGUUAACAAGGAACUUCAUAACGACACAUGAGAAAAAAAAUUAACGAUGGUAAAAAUACAUCCGGUCCUUAAUAUAUUAAGCAGUGGGAAUAUAGUGACAAGGGGAGAAGGGUACAUUAGUUUCGACCAAUACGUAUUCAAUUUACGUUUGCAUUUUGAAUUGUGUCUAUAAUAUAAUAUUUUUAAUCGUUAAAUUAUAUUGAUAUAUUACUUUAAAAAAUUUUACAUUGCAAUACAGUGUAUAAGAAAUGAAGAAAUAUUUUGAGAAAGAGAACAAAGAAUCUAAUAUAUGUUAGAUAGUAGUAGAUAAAAGUUUGCUUCGCGACAUAUGCGCCCAUUACUAUGUCAUAAUGUUUUGCGUUGAAAAUAACCUUCUAAUAAAAUUAUUAUAUUCCCAUUACGUAAUAAUUAGAUAUCAUCCUUGAUAAUUAGAUACUCGUCCAAUCGUGCAUGACGCACGAGGCAACAAUCUCACAACUUUUCUUAGUGCGCUAUUAAUGAAAUAAAUAGAUAAUUUUUUUGCUUAAAAUUAUCGACAAAUGCUAGAAUGUUCAUCUCAAAUGGAAAUUCAUAGAAAUUUUCGUAGAGAAUCGAAAGCCAGUUGGCAAUUAUCACUAGUAAUUUAUUGCUAGUUAAUCUUUUUCAAAUUCGCCUCGUUGGCGAAAUUUUUUCCAAAAUCGUGCAUGUUAACGAGUUUUUCAAUGUAACGCGAUACUUUGAAAGUUAGCAGUUGCAUCGCAUAACUCUUCCGCGAAAUAAAUCGACGACGCUAGGAAUGAUGUGCGAUGCUACAUCGUUUGAUCUCUAUUGAAAUGACAUAACAUAAUUGAUAAUUAAUAUGAAAUAAUCUCGUUCAAUAUUUCAGUGCAAAUACCCCACUGUGCGCCGUUCACCCGGCAAGCUUCGUCUCUACCUCACCUGCUCCCCCUUUAGCUCGUAUGGUGCUUCGCUUGUCUCUUGCCAGUCUUUCGUGUGCUGCGUGCUCGUCGUUCGUCGAAAUUGAGAUGCUACGUAAUUUCGGCCUUGCGUACCGUCAUUUGUGAAUGUAAACAACUGUAAUCAAGUCAAAUACGUUCCGAUAAUUGUCUCGUUGAUCACGAAGUUAUGCGUUUUAAGAAUCCGUUGCCACAGCGUGGCUCUUACGAGUAAGUUCAGCAAAAGCCGAUCCGCCAGAUUUCGAGGUUAAGCAUUUCUUUUCUCACCCUUUGUCGUUCUCUCCCAGAGCCGAUCUCGACUCUCUGUUUCUCUCGUUCCUUUGCUUCUCCGAUCGAUUUUGAAACUUCCCUGCAUUUUCUCAUUUAUUUGUCGACUUUAUUAGAUAAUCGCUUUGUUCUCCUCUGAGAAAUUCCAGAAAUCUGAAUUCUAUAUUUUUAAGGAUAAUUUUGGUCGAUCUUACAUUAUCAUUUGUAGAAGAUAAUUUUUAGAAAACUAGUAUCCACUUGUAUCCACUUCUCUAUCUAGAGUAGUAUCCACUUGUAUCCACUUCUUUAAUAAAUCGUAGAGAAAUCGGUAAGUGAGUUGCCCUUCGCAACAGCAACAAGAUAAGUGGCUUUCAAUUGCAAUCAUGAAAAUUCUAUUCUAUUGAAUUCAAUAAUAUACUCAUAGUCAGUGCAGUUCGACUUGGAAAUAAUUUUUUUCUUUAUCACAUAUAAUGGGGCGCUGCGUAGCCUUCGUACGUAAACACGUAUCGCAAGAAAUAAUUAGUUCCAACUGUGUGACCAAUAUUUGAAAUCCGAAUAAUUUCGUUGUUUAUACCUUACAUUUCCACAAUUCUAAUAAUAAAUUUUUCGCUUACGUAAUUUCUGAAAAGUGAUACUAAUCCCGCCUGCGGUUUUGUGAAACUUUCAUUCAGCGGACAUUCUUUUUAAGUUGUCCCCAAUAAGAUCCUUUUACUUUACAGAUAUUGUUGUGCCGUAUCACGUAUCGGGGAAUUUUAUUUGAAAAUACUCAAACGAACGUAAUAUACUCUAUGAUACAUUAUUAUCUGAUUUGUUAAUUAUGAUAUGUUAAUUAUUGGAGAGGAAUUAUACAUUCUGUUACGCGCGUUGUUUCCUUGAAUUUCUAUACGUGGAUCGUGCUUACAGCCAUAGGUUAAAAGUGGUGGGGGUGAUUUUCGUUGGAGAAUACGGUCCUGCGGUCCACACGAAAAGUACAGCCAGACGUAAAAGUUCUCGUGUGCUCUUUAAAUUUGAAAUACUAUUUGUGACAAAGAUUUUGUUUAUCCAACAAUUUUUUCACCAUUCUGCUUAAAUGUGAAUGUAAUAGAAAUUCUGCAAAAGAAAGUACGUUUCCUUGUUUCUUUUAAUAGCGUAAUAAGCGUGAUACAAAGUUCAAUGCAAACUUUUAUAUCCGACACAUACGGUACUGCUUCGCUAACUGGCCACAAGUUGGAUUUUAACUGGUUCGAUCGAGGGAUGCAUAUCUCGAGAAUCGAAGUAUCGAGUAUCUUUCUUUUUUAUUUUUUGAUUGAACAACACUGAUCUAUCGAUAUCUGACAUACUUGUAUACGUACUUGUAUACUAUAUAUGUAUAACAUCAGAUGCUUCGAGAAAUAGUGGGGAUAGAAAUGGCCGCUUAACGAAGCAGAAUUCCGACCAUUUAAGUGUAUUGUGUACACGCGGGAUGGGACAGUAUUAGGAGAAAGAUCGAGCAGUUCAACGUGGAUUCUCAAACGUGACACGUUCGUGUACCCGAGCAGUGUAUUUUUAUUAUUCAUAACAAAUAAUUUUUUAAAUACACACACACACACAUAUAGUGUAUUGAUAAAAUUCUAGUAACUUUAUCCAUGCAAAUGAUACAGGUGCACUUUUCGCUUGCGCCACUGACUGAUCUUGAAUACGUGUUAUUUGCGAUCUUGAAUUUGGUGUUAUUUAUGAAUGACUUUCUUUUGCAAAGAUAAACUAAUUCUCCUCUUUUGAUCUCUAUUGUCUUUGAUUACAUCAAUCUCUUGCAUAGGAUGCUAGUGAGGGGAAGAAAAGAAGGUUCACAAUAAUUUGCUGUGUAAUUCUCGAUAUUGUAGCAGUUCAAUUAGAGCUUAAAAAUAGUUUACUUCUUAUUAGUUUGUAACUGAAGUGUUUCUUUUUUCUUCUUUUUUUUUUAUAAUUCCUCUAUUUCUCACUUCUUUCAGUUUCGUUCUUAGAAUCUUAUGUAAAGAAAUCAUGCUAAUAAUGAACUCUCGUUCCGGUUAACGAACAAUAGUGGUUCGAGUAUCGAGAUAACUAUCGAUGUUAUCGAGCUAUCGUAAGUAGAAUUGGAUUUUUGUCGAUUGUUUCUACACGCAACUGAGAAAGUAACGAUCAACUGAGAUACAGCAAGAUUGUCUUGACUAUGCUAAUGAAUUUGUACUUCUGUUAUUUGUCCGUUUUAAUGAGUUUUUAUUUCGUGAUGUAACGUCUUUUUAUGUCUGUCUUCUUUUAAAUUUUUUCUUGUAGAAGUGUACUUUGCUCUUGUAAAUUCUCAAACGUGUGUAAAUGUUACCAGUUGGAACAUGUAAUCUCACGUGUGCAUGAACGUAAUCUCUUUUAAUUCUUUAUUUUUCGUUUAAUGUAGAUCAGAAUUCAUUGUCGAGCGGUCUAACAAUUUCGAUUACGAAACUUACAAUUUCGUGCUUCUUUUGUGUGUGAAAAUUAUCGUGUUUGGUACAUGUACAAAGCUCGGUCGUUUCAUUAUAACCAAAUACGUUUCAAUGCAUGCAGUUCAUCAGUAGAAGCUGUUACCGCUAUUACCGGCCUCGAUUAGUUGCAAAUAUUUGCAAAUAUUUGUCGCCGUUUCUUUCUCGAAGGUUCUUAUGAAGGAAAUAAUUUCUUUUUAUUUUGUAGAUCGAAAUAACAAAAGUAAAGCCCGGGAACUCCUUUGAAUGUUAUAUUUUCUUGUUCGUUCAGUUGUUCCUCUUGUCGCGACGUUCAAAUAUCGCGCGUUUAAUCGCGGCAUGUAAAAUUGCAUUUGACUUUGAUCGGAUCGAGAAAUCGAUAACCGAAAGUGUGAUCAGUGACAUGUGAAACUUGAUAUAUAAAACAGGAGGAGAGACGCGACGCUUUGCUCGCUACGUUGAUGGAAAAGAAAAGACAGAUUCCCGAGGCGGCGAGAAAUUCUUACGUGAAAUGGCAUGAUUCUAAUCGGCCGAAAUCCACGAAAUACCCGCAAAAUGGCCAAGCAAAUAUCCUUUUAUUCGACUCUGACGUCCGAGGAAAAGAGUAGAAUGCAUCCGUGUAUGAGAGCUAGGUGGUACGUCUUCUUCUUUACACUUUCUAUCAAAUACUUAAAUAGAUAGAAGAGAUGGGGGGGAGGGGAGAAAAAAAAAUGGAAACCCCUUUGUAGGGGCCACCCGUCCGAUGAAAAGAUGUUGUACUCGUCUAUAUUGUCGUCGUUCAUAAAUAUUUUUGUGUUCGAACGAGCAAAUUCCAAUAAUCACACAGUGCUAGGUUUGUGUAUGUAUUAUGUCAAGAUGUGUAUAUAGUAGUAACUGUGUUGUCACAGUAAAUCACAAGAUAAAUAAAGAACAAAAACCAUACGAUUCAUUACGGGAAGCAAGCAUUCAACGUCGAGUUAAGAUUUUUUUGGUGCAUUGCGAUAAGCACGAGCAAGACUAACUUGAGCUGAAUAGUAAAAAGACCAGGGUCAACUGCGUGACAAGUUUGAAUAAUAGAGGCACUAGUUGACCAGAUCAACGGAUCGAUGUCUUACGUGAAUUUAACUUAUGAAAUCUUACUUGAAUUUAACUUAUGAAAAUCGUUAAUGCAUGAUAAUAUACCUUUCGAGUUCUUCCAUGCAGCUUUUUACAAAUAUUACACCUGCUAGCUUUUAUAUCCUAUAUGCCAAGUAUCGUUUUCCGCAACCAACAAUGUUCAUCAAUUGUAAAAUUCAUCAAAACUCGUAAAUCUCGCAUUUUAUGCAAUACAAUUUCUUACACUAGAAUAAUCACUUCCAAAUUUUAGAACAUUUUAUUUGAAGCAAUCUUGGAAUUGCACGUUGGUGUUUCUCAUGACCUAAGGUACCAACGUAAGAUCAUAACCUAAGGAAGAUGUUUAACCUGACUUUGGCCACUGAGUUGCAAAAUAAUUACAAACGAAAAAGUUCUUUUUAAUAUUUUGCACUUGAAUCUUAAACUACACGUAUUUCAGUAAAGAUUUUCCAGAUUUUUUACGUAUUUAAAGUCGAUCACACGAAAAUCACACAAUGAAUCUAUAAAAGACACCUGAGUGAAUGUGUAGUGGUAGUAAAAACCUCUUAACAGGGGAAUUAACUUUGAUUCACAUAAAAAUAACUUGUUUCACAAUGAGGAUUUUUUUCCUUCGCAGUGAGAAGUUAUAUUAUUACGCCUAAAGUAAUAAAAGAAAAGAAAAUCGUUGACUAUUUAUUUUGACAAAAUAUUUUAUGACAUAUUAAGCAAAUAUAUAAAUUCCUUAAAUAAAAUAUUAUCACACAUUACUUUUAAAAUUUUCACGACGAAAAAUGUCGUCAUGCAGUUAUCUUCCUGGUAUGACGAAAUAUUUCGCCUUAACCAGUUAAGAGGUUAAAGAAAAAUGUGUUAUUCUAGGAUCAAAGCGAGAGAGUUAGCUAUGUUAAAAUAGAAAUCGAAAAGAAUCUAAAUCUGAAUCUGAAUCUGAAUCUGAAUCUGAAUCUGAAGAAAGUUUCGUUUCACAGUGUCAUCAUGUCGAACGAUUCACCCCCACCGCUGCAGACUUCUAUACCUUUGGUAGACUACGACAUACCAGAUGAAGCAUGUUCUGGUAAAAUCACACCGACCACACCUACUACUCCGGUGACAAAUAAAUUGAACGCUAACACCGAUACCGAGGUGAUUGAGAAUGCAGUGCCGAUCACGCAGACGGUGCUGCCAGUGCCUGAACCACAGCCGAAAAUCGAGAGGAAUGGGAUUGACUUGGAGGCAACUAAACCAGUCACUCAGCCUGAAACCGACUCCUGCGUUGUAGAUUGUAUAUACUUCACGCAGCAGUGCUGUGAGUGUGUAAUAUUUUAA